CCAGGAGCAAGCCAGGCUCAUCGUUCAACCAAUCGAACGGACGGUCAUUGUCGAGCAUGGCAAGUCCAAGCUCAAAGUGCCCGUCUCGUCGUCCAUGACAGCCCUCGAUAUCGUCCAACACGCAUCGAAGCAUUGGCCGAGUCGCAUCAACUCAGACUCUGCCGUACUCCUCGAGUACUUCAUCAGUGUCGGCAUUCAACGGCCUCUACGACAAUUCGAACGAAUGCAAGAUGUAAUGAACAGCUGGACCCACGACCGCCAAAACUACCUCAUCCUCAUCGACCCAGGCACAGGCAGUGCGGAAGCCGAGCUGACCCUUGCCGGCAUCCCUUCCCAACUCCCCAGGAAGCAAAGCUGGGUCCUCGAAUACUCGCAGAAAGUCGGCAAGUGGGACAAACGCAUCGUCACCCUCCAUCCAAGCGGAUUGAUAACCCAAGCAGCGAGGAACGGCAACGUCGACGCGGCGCGCACGAAGGAAAUCGGCUACCUCAGCGACUGCGACAUCUACGUGCCCACGCCGGCAAAAGUACGCGGGAAGAUCAAGCCGCCGAGACGCUUCUGCUUCGCUGUCAAAUCGCAGCAGGACAUGAGCUGCUUCGGCUCGCUGUGUGAUUACGUGCAUUUCUUUUGCACGCACGACCGCCAGACAGCUGAUACAUUUUACGCCGCUGUUCAGGGAUGGCGCAGUCGGUAUCUUGUCGGUGGCCUGCGCGAAGAUGUCAAAGGAAAGAGAGGGGACGAUGUCCCUCGUGAGAAGGAAAUGCCGUCGAAAGCGAAGGGCGUCGUAGUGUCGACGACGCAGGCUCCGUUCACCAAGUCUGCUGGUCAGUUCGACACUUCCCUUUCGCCGGAGCGUAGGAAUGUCGCGAUGAACUUCGCUCUUUCGCUGAACGGCGGUGGUGGCAGUCGACUAAGAAGACUGGAUCUAGAGCGUGCUGAUCCGCGUGGUGGAAAGGUCGGCAGAGGCGUGGCUAUGUGAGUAGGUAUGGGCAGCGAAUCGGUAUGGGCAGGACGUGUUCUGCUUACAACGUACGUAAUGACAUCCGUAGCACCAGCACGAUUAGAUGACAAUAGUUA